UCCGAAGCGGCUCGGGGGCGCCCUUUCGGUCAGUGUCGUCGUCUACCCCCUCCCCAGCCCCAGUCCCUGGGGACCCAGGCUCGCCAGCGCCCAGCCAGGGAGCCGGCCGGGAAGCGCGAUGGGGGCCCCUUCCGCCCUGCCCCUGCUCCUGCUUUUCGCCAGCUGCUGGGCGCCCGGCGGGGCCAACCUCUCCCAGGACGACAGUCAGCCCUGGACAUCUGAUGAGACAGUGGUGGCUGGUGGCACCGUGGUGCUCAAGUGCCAAGUCAAAGAUCAUGAGGAUUCAUCCCUGCAAUGGUCUAACCCUGCCCAGCAGACUCUCUACUUUGGGGAGAAGAGAGCCCUUCGAGAUAAUCGGAUUCAGCUGGUUAGAUCUACGCCCCAUGAGCUCAGCAUCAGCAUCAGCAACGUGGCCCUGGCAGACGAGGGUGAAUACACUUGCUCCAUCUUCACUAUGCCCGUGAGAACUGCCAAGUCCCUCGUCACCGUGCUCGGAAUCCCACAGAAGCCCAUAAUCACUGGCUACAAGUCAUCGUUACGGGAAAAGGAUACAACUACCCUAAACUGUCAGUCUUCUGGGAGCAAACCUGCAGCCCAGCUCACCUGGAGGAAGGGUGACCAAGAGCUUCAUGGGGAACCAACCCGAAUACAGGAAGAUCCCAAUGGCAAAACCUUCACCGUGAGCAGCUCAGUCACCUUCCAGGUCACCCGGGAGGAUGAUGGGGCAGACAUUGUAUGCUCUGUGAACCAUGAAUCUCUAAAGGGAGCUGACAGAUCCACCGCUCAACGCAUUGAAGUUUUAUACACACCAACAGCGAAGAUUAGGCCAGACCCUCCGCAUCCCCGCGAGGGCCAGAAGCUGUUGCUCCACUGCGAGGGGCGUGGCAAUCCCGCCCCCCAGCAGUACCUAUGGGAGAAGGAGGGCAGUGUGCCACCGCUAAAGAUGACCCAGGAGAGCGCCCUGAUCUUCCCCUUCCUCAACAAGAGUGACAGCGGCACCUACGGCUGCACAGCCACCAGCAACAUGGGCAGCUACAAGGCUUACUACACUCUCAAUGUGAACGAUCCCAGUCCGGUGCCCUCAUCCUCCAGCACCUACCACGCCAUCAUUGGCGGGAUUGUAGCUUUCAUCGUCUUCCUGCUGCUCAUCCUGCUCAUCUUCCUUGGCCACUACUUGAUCCGGCACAAAGGAACCUACCUGACACACGAGGCGAAAGGCUCUGAUGACGCCCCAGAUGCGGACACAGCCAUCAUCAACGCAGAAGGCGGGCAGUCAGGCGGGGACGACAAGAAGGAAUAUUUCAUCUAGGGGCAGCCCCCAGGGACCCCGUGGGGACUGCUGGGGCCAUCACCAACCUGGACUUGUACAGAGCAACCCCAGGGCCACCCCUCCCGCUUGCUCCCCAGCACCCCCCCCCCACCCCCCUGUACAGAAUGUCUGCUUUGGGUGCGGUUUUGUACUCGGUUUGGAAUGGGGAGGGAGGAGGGCGGGGGGAG